AUGGCAGCUCUCUAUGAUCCUGUUUGCGAAAUCAAUCCUUCUCGAUGUAAUUGGCGCAUUAUGGUUCGGAUAGCACUGGGCGAUAUUGAUGAGUGUGAAGUUAAUGGGUGCAAACAUCGAAGGGUGGACAUAAAGCUUAUUAAUGAGGAAAUGGAGCAUUUAGAUUGCACUCUUUGGGGCGCAUUUGCGGAUGCUAUAUGUGAGUUUGCAUUCUCCUUGGAGUCGGAACCUGUGAUAAUUAUCAUACAGAUGUGCAAAGUCCGCAAGUUUCAUGGGAGGUCUACAAUAUCAAAUUCAAUAUUUUCAUCCCGGCUUUUUAUCAAUCCUUCAAUUCCCGAGGUUGAUAAUUUUAUUACCAAGUUAAAAUCUGUGGGCAUAGAUAUCAAUGAAGCUCCCACACGCAUCGUGCCACAGCCCAUUAACUUUAUUGCAGAUGAAAUGUUGAGUAUGGCUGAUCGGCGAAAGAUUUCAGAGCUAAGUUCAGCACCUAUUGAUACAGUUGUGUUAGUUCUUGCUGACAUAGUUGGUAUCUGUUUUGAUCGUGGAUGGUAUUAUUACUGCUGUAAAAACUGUGACAGAAGGGUUGUGACAGAUGGCUGCGGAUUUUAUUGCCCAAAUUGCUCUCAAAUAAUAGAGACUGCAUUUCCUAAAUUUAUGGUGCACUGCAAAGUUAAGGAUGAGUCUGGUACAUGCACUUUUGUUAUUUUUGAUCGUGAGUUCAGUAGAUUGGUGGGAUGUUCAGCUGCCGAAAUGCAAGACCGUGUCCUUUAUGAGAGUUUAUCGUUUGGAGUUGAUCCAUGUGACACCCUCCCUGUUGGAAUAGUAGAAAAGAUUAUGGGACAUAAACACCUUUUCAAAGUGCGCGUUUCCCAUGAAUUUGUCAUGGGUCGAUCAGCAAAAUGCAGUGUAAUGAGGAUGACCAACAACAGUGAUAUAAUAAAGCUGCAUUUGGAUACAAUUGAUGGCGACAUGGGAUUACAGUUAGGUGCUGAGAAUCUGAACCUUAAAGAUAAUGAAAUACAAGCAUCAUUGAUGGGUUCUGAUGAGAAGAGUGCACGCGAUAUUUCAGAUAAUACAUAG